GGAAAGACAGGGAGUGCGCUACGGGGAAAAAUAGACAAACACUUGCGUUAUUGGAAGCAUCGGUUUUAUGCGUAACCGCGCAUUACGCAUUGUUAGCAGUCGGCGUGAAAGACUUUAUGUCCACUAGUUAUUCUGGCAGAGCACAAGCCACGUUUGUUCAUCACAAAGUGAAGUUGCCCGUAUUCUCCACGUUUAGUUAAUAUAGUAAAAAUUGUCCUGGCAUCAGUGUUACUUUGAGCUUGAUGCUGAUAUAAAAGCUGCAAACGGAUGUGAGGAAGGAGUGCUUGGAAGAGACUCAACCCCCCUUUUCUUUCAAUUCCUCUGUUUCUUUUUGUUUGGUUUAACAAUAGAGCGGGAGAGAGAGACAGGGAGAGUGAGGGAGGGAGAGCGAGCAAUCGAGAGAGAGAGAGAGAGAGAGAGAGAGAGAGAGAGAGAGAGAGAGAGAGAGAGAGAGAGAACUCACACAGACGCUGAACCUGUUUUCAUGCCGUCAGUCUUGCGGACUCUGAGAUGGACGUGAGAUUUUAUCCUACACCUCCUUCAAGCGUGGGUUCAUGUACGUUACCUACUGACUCCAGCCUUGCCUCUUUGGACUAUUACCACUGCAACAAGAGUAGAUACGUAGCAGGAGAUCGUGGUGUUAGGCUCUACGGCGGCUUGCCCGUGAGGCCCAACCCCGACGGGAAGAGGCUGCCCUCUGCAGGGUUUGACGCAGAAACCAUGUACAUGAAUGAGAACAACCAAGAGUUUCUUUCUCCCAGUCAGAACUACUCAGCUCAGGGAGGCGGCACCGGCAACGGCGGUGGCAGCGGCGGGCCAGGCGACGAGGACUACGAGAUUCCCCCCAUCACCCCACCCAACCACCCGGAGCCCCCCCUGCUUCACCUGAUGGACCCCGAGGCUGGCUACUUGUGCCACUCCCUGCCCCAUAACGGGCUGAUCAACCCUUACUCCUACCCGGAGCUGCCAGCCCUCAUGAUGUCUAACAUGCUGGCCCAGGACAGCCACCUGCUCAGCCAGGCGUCCUCGAUCCAGGAGCUGUCUCGUCAGGACCACCACCUCCCCCAUUUCCCCCAUGUCCGCUCUCACCACCCCCCCACCAUGCUAAGCAGGCCUCCUCCUCCUAGGAUACUGCCCCACCCCAUGAGCGCCCUGUCCCAGCUCAGCUCCCAGAUUGGCCGCCAUGGUGGCCCCCACCACCCCCACGGGGGCCCCCACCACCCACACGGUUCCCCCUCUCCGCCAGGAAGUAAAUCAGCCACGCCCUCUCCCUCAAGCUCCGCCCAGGAAGAGGAGGCAGAAUACCACUUUAAGCUGACAGGAGAGAAGAGGCCCUCCUCCGAGAUGAACAAGCCCAAGCCCAAGCCGCAGAAGAAGAAGAAGAAGAAGGACCCCAACGAGCCGCAGAAGCCGGUGUCGGCCUACGCCCUCUUCUUCCGGGACACCCAGGCGGCCAUCAAGGGCUCGAACCCCAACGCCACCUUCGGGGACGUCUCCAAGAUCGUGGCCUCCAUGUGGGACAGCCUCGGGGAGGAGCAGAAGCAGGCGUACAAGAGGAAAACAGAGGCAGCCAAGAAGGAGUACCUGAAAGCCCUGGCAGCCUACCGAGCCAGCCUGGUUUCCAAGAACUACAAUGACCCGGUGGAACCCAAGAGCUCCCAGUCGAGCCAGCCCUCCCACAUGAUGCCACCCAACCCGCCACUGUACAGCGUGCCGCCCCAGCCCUCCUCCCCGUACCUGGGGCCCAGCCCCUUCCCGCUGCCCGACCCCCUGCAGAGCUACGGGGCCCAGCGCCACGGGCUCCCCCGGCCCCUGGGCCAGCCCUCCAUGCUCCCCCUCAGUGCCUCUCCCCCUUCCUCCUUCCAGAUCAGCCCCCCUCUCCACCAACAGCUCUCGCUGCACCAGGGCUCCCUCCUCAACCAGCCAAUCCGCAUGCAGCAGGUCCAGUCACAGUCGGGUCUCAUCUCACACCAGAUGGGGCUGCAGCCCGCCCUCCACUCCCCGCCUCCGGGCCAGCAGGGAUUCUCUCACCUACAGUCUGAGUACCAGAAGAGUGUCGGGGGCUCCCAGUCCCCAGGGGCCCCCAACCCCGGGGUGGGCCAGAACCAUGACUGGGAUAGUGAGUACUGCAAUCGGGAGUGUGGAGGAAACCACUGCAGUGGCAGCAUGCUAGCCAGGGAUAAGCCACUCUACCUCACUUGAAGCGGAGCAGAGGGAACUAGAGAGAGGAGCUUGAUGCCAGGGAGUCCACACCCCCUCGACCCCCCACUUGCCCCCUCGCCACCCCCCUCCCUUCCCCUCAAAACAUCUUCUUCGCUUUUCUUUUUUUCCCCUCAGUGUCAUUUUUUUUCAUUCGUUUUUUGUUUUUUAAUUUUGUUUGAUUUUUUUUAGAAGGAUGUGUGCGAAAAAUUCUGAAGACUACUAGUGAUACUCUUUUAUUUUGCCAAGCACUUAAUGUACAGGCUUCUCAUGGGGAGCCUACGAGCACUCAUCUAAAAAAAAAUGACAAAAAAGUAUAUAUAUGAAAAAAAACAAACAACGUACCAUGGAAACACCCCUCAGGGGUCACUGAGCUUUAAUUGAAAUAGAAGAAACUCUUUAUUAGUUCGUUUUUAUUUUUCUCUUCCUCUUCCUCUUCCUCUUUCUCUUUCUCGCUCUCUUCUUCCUCUGUCUUUCUCUACAUUGCAUUGUUUUUAUUUAUUUCUUGCUUGCUUACAUGCUCUCUCUUGCCAAUAAUUGGUCCCGUGCUGUAGGAGCUUGCUCUUCUGAGCAGGUCCACACAGGCCUUUAUAUAACUGUAGGUUUUACUAGAUGGUCUGUGAAUUUUAACAAAGAUGGCAAAAAGAAAAAAAUAAAUAGAUGAAUAAAUGAAUAAGAAUAAAAAUGUUUUUUUUUCCUUUUCCUUUUUUCAUUUUAAAGACCUUAUAAGGUCUUUAAUGAGCUGUCACAGUGUGAUUGUAAAUAUCACUUUUUUGAUCAAAUUGGGGGAUUAAAAAAAGUCCAGAAAUUUCUUUUAGUAAGACUUAUUACUCAUUGAUUUGUAUUUUAAAUAGUCUUUGUGUGGGGGGAGACUGUGUUUGUGCUUGUGUACCCUGCGUACAUAACCCAGGCAUACACACACAGAAAUGCUUGUGUGUGUAUAUGUGUAUGUAUGUGUGUGUAUGUGGCUGUGUGUGACUGUGAGAGGGAAUGGCAGUGAGUGUGUGUGUGUGUGUAUGCGUGUGUGCAUGCGUGAGUGUGCA